AUGUCUCCCUCAACCAAUGACCACGCCGGCGACGAUUCGAGCCAUGGCAAACGCCCCGAGUCGCCCAUGCUGGUGCCGGUGCAAGCUCCAGUCCAAGUGGCCGAGGCACCGGCCGCAUGGGGCGUCGGCUGGAGGUGUCCCACUCUGAUGGUUGGGCUGCUCAUUUCCGGUGCGAUGUUGUCUGUGGGCCAUCAUUUCUACUACAAGAGCUUCGAUGGCUCUCGCGUCGCGUCUCGUGAGCAACAAACUUGGGCGAUCAGAAUUGGAACUGGCUUUGCCUUUCUGAUAAAAUCAUGCCUGGUGUCCGCCGUCGGGCUCGCCGCGGUGCAAGAGACCUGGUCCACCCUGCGCCGUAAGAGUGUCCGGCUCAGCUCGAUUGAUAGCAUGUUUGCCGUCCGGGGCAGCCCUUUGGCUUUUCUCACCCUAGAUUUGUGGUUGUAUGCAAAGACGCUGACCGUGCUGGCGGUUGUCUGCUGGCUGAUUCCCUUGACAGCGAUUGUUACGCCUGCAACACUGAACGUCGUUACGUAUCCAGCUUGGGACGAGGCUGAGCUGCUCGUUCCAAACGUCAACUUUGACCUGUCGUAUUGGCAAAAUGAAGUAACUCACAGUGAAUUCGCCAUCAGUUCCCCCUCUGUCGACAUGGCCCGCGUCUUCACAGCCAUGGCCUCAACUGCCCAGGUGCUUCCGGUCACUGCCCCGUUCUCCAACUCGUCUUACGAACUCUCGUUCUGGGGUCCUUCGUACAAAUGCCAGCGAUUGAGCGAAGCUCUUGUGGAGACAGAUGGUGUGACCCAGGAACUGUGGGAUAGUGAAAUUCCGGAGCCGAUGUUUCAGUCAUCAAGAAUCUACAUGGGGACCGUGCCUAGUGAUCUCAACAACACUGUCUUCAUAUCAGCUGAAGGGAGCAAUCCGCUGUGGAACGACAACGCCACACAGCCCACCGAGCUUGUCUGCCAGCUUUGGAAUACCUCCUACGUGAUCGACAUGCAUUUUACCAACGGCAUCCAGACGCUGACCCCAAUCUCAGUCGACCAUGUCGCCUAUGCCAAUUGGAGCGGUCGGGAUGCUUCUCUCACCGUACAGCCUUCACACGUGGUAUCAGAUCCAACCGUGAAUGCGGGCUUUUACGUAACGCACUUGAUGUUCUCUGGUCUUCUCCAAGGUCAACUGGUUAUGACCAAGAGAGGUGGACUGACUGAGAAUAGGACUGCUUCAACUUCGGCGCCAUUCACCGAUACAUCUCUUGCGCAGACCGGCCUCUUUGCCUGUGCAGACAUAUGGAAUACCAGCAGCUAUGGUUACCCGUAUGGCGAUGACGCCAAUACUUUGUGCCGAAAUGGUACCCUGGCUCAGGCAAUCGAGGACCUCAGCCACAAUUUCACCUACAGCCUGCUCAGCCUAAACGGCGGAAACACCACGGUCGCAGUGAUGGACCGGACCCUGCGCAACUACUACUUCUACGGCGCUACGGGGCUGCUCACGGCCUACAUGAGUGCGGUGGCUGUCUCGAUUGUGUGCGUCAUCGUCGGCUUGGUCGCCCUGCGACGAAACGGCGUCGCCCAAGGGACCUCGUUUUCAAGCGUCUUGAUGACGACGCGGAAUCCGGAGCUGGACCGCUUGGCCGUUGGACAAUGCUUGGGAACCGAGCCUCUGAAGGACGAGAUUGGUAAGGUUCGGCUGCAGUUUGGGGAGAUUGAGAGCGCGGACCUGCGACGUAGACAUGCGGCGUUUGGGACCAAGGAGUCGGUGACGGCCCUCUCUAAGGGCGAAGGUUAUUACUAG